AUGGAUGAAGCUAAUAGAGCCUCGCCAGGGCCAGUCCCUCCCGAGGCGCAGCCUGCUCCUCUCGAGGCGCAAGCAGCCCCUGCUGCCGCGCAGCCUGACCCUAACGCAGCGCAACCGGUCCCCGACGCGGCGGCGCAACCGGUCCCUGACGCGGCUGCGUCACCAGCCCAUGCUCUGGCCGCGCAACAAGCCCCUGCUGUUGCUGCCAGGGCUGACUCUGUCCAUACCCUCCGCGCCUUCCUCCGCUCGCGCAUCAGCGGCGCAGCGGCCACGGUCCUGCCGAACCAAGACCCCUUGCCCCCGCCCUUCGACGUCGCGGAGAAGCUCCCCGUCUUCACCUCGUGCGGCGCGAACAUGUCCUGCUCGCACGAGCUGUCCGGGAGAGACCGCGAGAUCCUGGACCGCGGCCCCGCCGCCGCCGUCGACGUCUAUCGAGCACCGCACUGGCCCUGCCGGGACUGCCGCGCGCCGCUGCCGCAGGGCGGGGUCCACGUGCUGCCCUGCGGCCACGUGCUGUGCCGGGCGUGCCUGGUGGCGGCGGCGCGGGCCGUGAGCACGACGGUCCGCGCCUGCAAGCAGGAGAUCGGGCGCUGGAUCCGGCUGCGCGAGGCCGCGGGCCUCGCGAAACCGGACUCCGUCCCGGCGCUGGACGCCGCGGCGGCGGUCGCGGGCGGCCCGAUGAUGCCGCAGCCGCAGCAAGUGGCGGACGGGCGGGCCCUGGACCGCGUCUUCGACGAGGCGAACGACGUGGCGUUCCGCGUCGCGGGCUCGACCUGCUGCGGCCGCAGGUUCGACCUGCGGGACCACCUCGAGUGCCUGGAGGAGCGCGCGGCGCGGGCGCUGUGGCGCGACAUGGAGUACCUGCGCAGCAACUCGUUGGACUGGGUCGGCGGGUUCUGCGGCUGGGUCGACUGCGGGAGCUUCGUGCCGGUCAAGUUCCACUACGAGCACCCGUGGGAGGGGGUCCACGUGAUGCACUGCCUCGUGUGCAAGGGGAACUCGGUCAGGAGGUACGAGGAGGGCAAAUGGAGUCGGCCGUGUAGGUAG